GAGACCCACGACGCCCCGGACGCGCUCGAAGAGAAACUAAAGCGCUUGAUCGACUUGGUGAGGCGCGCGGCAUCGCGCGACGGCGGCGGCGUCGUGAUCCACACGGGCGCGGGGGUCAGCACCGCCGCGGGCGUCCCCGAUUUUCGCGGGCCCUCCGGGGUGUGGACGAUGCGCGACGUCGGCGUCGACGUCGCCGUGCCGAAGUUCGAGCGCGUCGUACCCACGAAAGCGCACAUGGCGAUCGCGGCGCUCGUCCGCGCGGGCGUGGUGAAGCGCGUCGUGACGCAAAACGUGGACGGCUUGCACGCGCGCUCCGGGUGCGACGACGACAAAGUCUCCCGACUCCACGGCUGCGUGUACGAGGAGACGUGCGUCAACGAGCGCUGCGAGAAGUUCGAAUUUCGCGUCAAGCGAGCGUUCGACGUCACCGCCGGGAAGCUGUCGGAAGGGCGCAUGCAUCGGCACCGGACCGGGCGCGCGUGCGACGCGUGCGGCGAGGAACUGCGCGACACGAUCGUGCACUUCGGCGAACGCUUACAUCCGCCGACGCUUCUGGCGGCGACGCGGGCGAGCGCGGACGCGGCGCUGAGCGUCGUCGUCGGGACGUCGCUGAAGGUGCCGCCCGCGUCGACGCUGCCGGGGAAGUCGCGGAAUCGCGUGAUAUGCAACCUGCAGUGGACGCGGUACGACGCGACGGCGGCGAUGAAGAUACACGCCAGGGCGGACGAGGCGAUGACGCGACUGUGCGAGGGGUUAGGCGUGGAAGUACCCGAGUACGAC